CACAUUCACUUUGCGCAAUAAUAUCACACAAAUCAAUAUGGCUGCGCCCAUGGCCAACUUUUGUUUUCUGUUUAUUACAUUGAUAUCGUUUUUUAUACAACAGGCCACUGGUACGAGCCCAGAAGAAUUCUUCAAGAGUGGACACACUAAUAACUGGGCUGUCCUGGUAGACACCUCUAGAUUCUGGUUUAACUAUCGACAUGUUGCCAAUGUUUUGUCCAUUUAUAGGAGCUGUAAAAGAUUGGGAAUACCAGACAGCCAUAUAAUUCUUAUGGUGGCAGAUGAUAUGGCAUGCAAUCCUAGAAAUCCAAGGCCAGCAACAGUUUUUAACAAUGCCAAUAACCAGAUUAAUGUGUAUGGAGAUGAUGUGGAAGUGGACUACAGAGGAUAUGAAGUUACUGUAGAAAAUUUCAUUCGAGUUCUGACUGGCAGAUUGCCUCCAAGCACACCUAGAAGUAAACGGUUAUUGUCAGAUGAGCACUCCAACGUCUUAGUUUAUAUGACAGGUCAUGGUGGAGAUGGGUUUUUGAAGUUCCAAGAUGCGGAAGAAAUCUCCAAUGUUGAACUAGCGGAUGCUUUUGAACAAAUGUGGCAGAAAAGGAGGUACCAUGAAAUUUUUUUUAUGAUUGACACUUGCCAAGCAGAGUCCAUGUUCCAAAAAUUUUACUCUCCGAACGUCCUCGCUGUGGCCAGCAGUCGAGUAGGGGAGGACUCAUUAUCUCACCAUGUAGACCCAAGCAUUGGAGUUUAUGUGAUUGACAGAUACACUUACUAUGCAUUAGAAUUUUUGGAAACAGUGCGUCCAGGAAGCAAGAGAACCAUGGGAGAGUUUCUAGAAGUUUGUCCAAAGUACCAGUGCAUAUCAACAGUAGCUAAGCGUACAGACUUGUUCAGAAGAGAUGUAAACAAAGUGCUUCUGACAGACUUUUUUGGAAGUGUAAGAAAUGUAGAAUUACUGCCAGAUUCGAUUCAUCUUCAGAACACAACUGUACCUCUAGAUAGUUUAAAAGAAUCAAAGGCCAUUAAAAGUGAUGAACCCUUAACUUACGCCCAACAAUUUCCAAUGCCAGUGUGAUACAAAGGAAGUGAUGUCAGAAUUCAGGGAUAGCAAAGUCUUUGUUCCAGUGUGAAUGUGUUUUGAAAAGAUUAAUUAGGAGAUUUAAUAGCAAACCUUUAAGGAUAACUGAGGAAAAAUGAUUGUGGACAUGUAAAGCUGUAUAUGAAUUGUCCACCUGAUUGUGAUCAACCCUUUUCACUAAAAGUUUAUCGCAGUUUAUAUUAAUUGCAUGCAAAUGAUUAUUUAAUGAAGAAAUGUAUAAUCAAAUUAAAUUAUUAUUACAUGUAUUUAAUAACUUUUACUCAGUACUAGAAAGUAAUUAUUUGAAUGUACAUGUAAAAAAUUAAGAUAUGACAAAGCUCUGGUGAUUUGUUUUUCACUGUAUGUUUUAUUGUAAUUGAAUAUUCUGUACAAUCUUACUUGAUUCCUGUAGUAUGUGUAUUUAAAUUACUGUAGAAGCACACAUUUUCAUGGGGAUAAAAUUUCGUUGAUUUGUCAUCAAAAAUAGUUUCGUGGGCAUUUAAUUUUGUUGUUUUGAGAGUAAGCCUAUUCAAUAUAUAGUCAUAAAAUUUCGUGUGGUAUUUAAAAUUGUUGAUAAUUGUUAACAACGAAAUAAACGAAAUUUAAUCCCCCACAAAUAUUUGUGCUUUAACAGUAUAAGGGAGUAUUAUUUGAGAUUUUUAAGAAUGUAAUAUAGAAUGUUAACGUAAUUGUGCGUUUGAGCAAAAAAUUGAGAAACUACAGUGUACAUAACUUUUUUCUUGCAAAGAUUGUAUUACUGUGGGUAAGUCAUUUAAAAAAAUAUAUUUGUAUUUUUCAAUGUUUAUGCAAUUAUAUUCUUGGACAUCUGGGGCAUUUUGAUCUCUGUGUGUUUGUUAUUUAUUAGACUGAGUGCAAUAUAGAUAAAGACAGUGCAUUUGUUUAAAGUGAGAUAAAUGAGGAGGUGUUCCAACGCUUAUUUCUAGAUUACCAUUUAUUCAUUUGUAUGAUGUACAUGUACUUGUUUAUUUCACAUAUUGAUUGGAUGAUAGUAGUUGUGUAACAGUGUGAGAUUUACAAUGCGAAAUAUCAUCAAAUUGCUUUUAAAAUAUGUUUAUGUAUGCAUGUAUGAUUACGCACAUGAAGGGACACUUAUACUAGGUAUAUAUUGUCCAAAAAGUGCUCUUUUUUGUAUACUUUUUUUCAUUUAAAUAAUUUUGAAAACUUUUUUGCAGUUUAUUAAAAAAUAUGGAAUUUA